AUCAUCAUCCAUCAUCGCCCAUUACCCAAUUCUCCUUUCCCACGGCAACGCCUUACCCCCACGAGUCCGCAGAAUCAUCAUACCCCGCGAAACUCGCCCUCGAAACAGCCCACCGCCAUCAUGGCCUCCACAGACCCCAAGGCCGAGCAGGACAAGCCCCUCGAGCAAAAGACAGAGCAGAAGCCCGCGACUCUGGGCGAGGACGACGAGUUUGAGGACUUUCCCGUUGAUGACUGGCCAGAGGACCAGACCGAGGCGGCCAAGAACAGCGGCGAGACAAAGCACCUGUGGGAGGAAAGCUGGGACGAUGACGACACGAGCGACGACUUUUCAACACAGCUCAAGGAGGAGCUCAAGAAGGUCGAGGAGUUGAAACGGAGAUAG